AUGACUUCGGCCAUCCCAAACAGUAAAUCGUCCUCUUCGCCACCAGGCAACCCCCAGAGCGAAGGGGACUCGUCCAACUGUGAGAAGCGCAAGGGCCCCCGUCUCGCCCACCGUAAGUCGAGGACCGGAUGUCAGCGAUGUCGCGCCCGGCGAGUCAAGUGUGACGAAGCGCGACCAGUGUGUCGCGACUGUCAUCGCCAUGGGAUCCCCUGUGUUGAUGACAGGCUUGCGGAAAAAGGAGCGGUCCCCCCCUCAGCCUGGAUACAACCUCGGCCGCUCGAGCCCAGUCCAUCAGAUCCCAGUAAUGACGAACACAUGAAGCUGCGCUUGCUGCAUCACUUUACUCUAUUCACCAGCGCUACUAUGCCCGGGGCCCACCUGAAGCGUAUCAAAGACUGUUGGUCGAUCGAUGUGCCCCAACUCGCAUUCUGUUACAAACCGCUCCUGCAUGCCGUCUUCGCAAUCCGCGCUAUCGACAUAAACAUCACAGUUCGUCACUAUACGGGGAUUGCAGGGAUUGCAGUACGGCCUUAG